CCGAUCGACACAACCAGAGAGCGUGCGUAAAAUCGAAAUCGCUUUUAAUUGUUUUGUUUUGACUUUUGACUGCGGGUUUCCCCCGAGUAUAUAAAAACCGACGUUUCACCUGGUUUCACUUCACAGUUUCACAGUUGAGUAUUCAUAGUUCAGUUUAAGUUCAGCAGCAGCAAGUAAACAUCAUGUCUAAAAGAAAGUGUAAAUUUACCGAAAAACUGGCGACAAAAUACAAACUUUUUGUAAAAGGCCGAAACGAAGAAGAAGCCAAAUGUGUGCCUUGUGAUUCGUUUGUUUCUGUUGGCAGCAAAGGAGCAGCAGAUUUGGAAAAACAUAUUUCUACGGAAAAACACAAGAAAAGUCUUCAAGCCUCUUCCUCUUGCAUGAAACUGGAUAACUUUUUCGUCCAAAAGAAUAGUUCAGUUGAUUUUAAACUUAAAGCUGCAGAAGGUACAUUAGCAUAUCACACCGUUUCGCACCAUCAGUCUUAUAGAUCGUUGGACUGCACUUCAUCUCUUCUUAAAAAGAUAAUUCCGGAUUCAGAAAUAACUGCUAAAUUUGGAUGCGGAAGAACAAAAACCGAAGCAAUUGUUAAUCAUGUACUCUCACCUCACGCACAAGAAACAUUAAUAUCAAGUCUAAAUUCUGUAAAUUUCUAUGGUAUCGGUACAGAUGCAAGUAAUCAUGGAGCUACUAAAAUGUUUCCUGUUGUUGUCCAGUACUUUCAAUGGUUCAACGGAAUUCAGACACAGGUAUUGGAAUUAUCUGCCCUUUCAAGUGAAACGGCUGAAGCCAUAUCAAAAUAUCUGAUAACAACCAUAAAAAAAUUUAACAUUACUUCCAAGUGUAUUGCUUUUUCCGGUGACAAUGCUAAUGUAAACUUUGGAGGUCUCGCAAGACGAGGACAGAAAAAUGUUUUAAGCAACAUGAAGCAAGACUUAAAUUCAGAUAUAGUUGGUAUAGGUUGUCCAGCCCAUAUUCUUCAUAAUUGUAUACAGCAUGGAGCUGAUUCACUGCAGUGUGAUGUGGACUACAUCAUCUUCAAAAUAUUUAACUACUUUUCAAUCUACACGGUAAGAACGGAAGCAUUAAAAGAAUUUUGCAACUUUGUUGAAAUAUCCUAUCAACCACUUUUAUAUCAUAGCAAAACAAGAUGGCUAUCCAUGUUCCCAGCCAUUGAACGGAUUCUUAAACUCUAUCCGGCACUUAAAUCCUACUUUGAAUCUCAGCAAGACUGUCCAGCUAUGCUAAGAAAAUUUUUUGAGAGUGAAUUUUCAGAAAUGUAUUUGUGGUUGUUAGAUUCAACUAUGCACAUUUUCCAUGUAAACGUUGCGUUAAUUGAAAAAGAAAAUAUUUCCAUUUUGGAAGUGCAGGACAUUCUUGCAUCAGUCCUCACAGCACUACAAGGAAGGCUCUCCGAGCAAUUUAUACCAUUAAAAGUAAGAAGUCAGUUAAAUGUGUUAAGGGAAAAGGGAUUACAAAAAGAAGUUAAUGAUUUUAAGGAGCAAGUAUGGCAAUUCUAUACUAAAUGUAUAGACUAUUUAGAAAAAUGGGCCGCUCCAUUGGCAGAAUUUAAUUCAUUUCAAUGGAUGCUUUUAAAUGAUACAAACUUUAAAUUUAAUGAUAUUUUGCCCUGUAUUGAAUUUUUAUCCAAAAAAGGGGUAGAAAUUAAUGACACAAAACUAAUUGAUGAAAUCAUUUUAUUAAAAGACAGUUUGACAACAAAGAUUCAAAAUGAGGAAUUUUUAUCAUUAUCUUUAGAUAAAAAGUGGUCUUACUAUUUUAAGCAAUUAAAACACAUUGAUUUAUCAUCAGAAUUGCUUAAAAUUUGUGAAUUUUACUUUGCUAUUCCGGCACAUAAUGCUGCCGUCGAGCGAAUUUUUUCUUUAAUCGCAGCGCAGUGGACCAAAGAAAGAAACCGUUUAUCUAUCGAAUCAAUAAAAAGCCUCAUAGUGUUAAAAUUUAAUUUAAAAAUGUCUUGUGAGGAAUAUUAUAAUUAUUUGAUGGACAAUCCCAAUAUUUUAAAAGAAAUUGGUUCUUCUGAAAAGUAUAAGUAGUUUUUACCUAAGUAGAAAUUGUUACAUUUUUUUAUAUAAAUAUAUUUGUUAAAUGUCAGGUUUUUUUAUUAAAAAUCAGGCUUUUUUGUCCUGGUUGUCCUACUUUUCUGCAAAUAAAUCUGGUCACCCUAUCUAGGGAGAAAUGUGUAUACAGGGUGAGUCUUCAAUAAGUGCAAAUAUUUUUAGGGAAAAAUUUCGACUCCAUGAGGUUUCUUACGCAAAAAAUAUUUUUCAAUAAUUUGAUAUUUUUCGUAAUUUUCUUUAAUUUCUUCUUUAAUUUUUGGUAAAAAGCAUAAUAACUUGAUAUUAUGGCAACAUAAGUAGAUUAAAUUUAGAAAAGAUUAAAUUUACAAAAAAAAGAAACCCAGAAAAAAACAGUGGUGCUCAAAAUGUGAGCAAAAAUAUAUAUAUUUUUUUAAUUUUCAAUGUAAAAUAUGGGUUAUUUUGGACAUAUUUGAAAAACGAUAAAGUUUUAGGCAACCUUAAUAGUAUUUUGAAGAGACAUAAAUUCA